GAGGUUAUGUUUGCCUACAGUUAUAAAUGCCGCUAAUGAAUACUAGUGAAUAUCUACUUGCUACUGAUCAAAUGAUGGCAAUGAAAUCAAUGAAUUUACUUUCUGCACUAGAUGGAAAAGUAAUGAAUAUGAAUUACUUAUAUGGAUAUGGUUGAAAUGUAUGGAUGGUGCCGCUACAAAACAAAGGAAAUGUGGAUUGAAAGGAAAUAGAACGAUCUCACUUUCUCGUGCUUCUUCUUUCUGUGCUGACUGCUUCUGGAUCUGAAUCUGGAUGUUGGUUGAUGUUGAUCCCCACUGGAUGCUCCUGGACUGGUCUGGUUGGUGCUGGAUGGGCUGGAUUCCGUAACUGUCUGGUGGUUACGGCUGGAUUCCCGCUGCAAUGGGACGCUCCGUGUGUCCGUCGCGGCUUUGCUCACUCGUCGAUCCUGACUGCUGGGACUCGAUGAGUGUCAGCUCUGGAACUUGCACGUAGCUGGAUGUGCCCUGCGCCAACCUGGAUGACUCACGGCUUCACUGGAGAAGGUCCGUUGAAUAGGUGGAGCUCGACUCGAUGCCACAAUCAUGCCUUUUCGUUAUUCAGAGGCUUCGUAAGGACCAUGUAAAAUCUUCGCUGGUCUCAGGUGUUGUUUAGGUGGUGAAAUAAGAGUGGACUGUAGUUUUAAAUGCUGGUUUACUUUCUAAACUACGAAGAAGUACAAAAAGUGGCAAAGUGAAUUGUCGUUAGGAAUCGAGAGAAUGAAUGAGUGGCGAGCUUUGAUACGGACAAGGUAUUUGCUUGGCUCGUCAGUACAAGCGGAACCUCGGGACUACCCAAGGUCGCAGCUUUCAAGCACCUUCCCAUCCUCAAGUUACUUCAAGUGUACGAGAUGCUCAAAGGAAAAGAAAUUGAACCAGCUUUGAACUUGUCAAGUGUGCAGUGGCUAUCUUCGUACCUGGCGUCCUUGGCCAUGAUCACCAACAACCACAUGAAGGUGCAUUCUUCGUCCCCCAUCACCAUGGAGCACGCCAUUGACAUCAUCAACAAAUACAGGCCUGUAAUGAGCACCGGGAGUCCAUAUCUGUUUUCUGGCAUCGUCAGACAUCCAAAGUCUUGUGACUUGACCAGCUUCAACUACAUCAUCCUUACUGGUACUUCCGUGAACCCAGAGAUUCAACAACUACUCAAAUUACGAAUGAAACCAAAAGCUGUGGUGUGGAAUCUGUACGGUCAAACAGAGUGCGUAGGAGCUAUAUUAGUCCCUUGCCCACACGGCCCUGCAGAGAAUGUGGGAAAAGAAAUGCCACAAGUAAAAGUACAGUUGGUGGACCCCGCGACUGGCGAAGUCAUCACGAAGCCAAACCAGACGGGAGAGCUCUGGUCUAAGGGGCCAAGAUUUUCAGAGUACUACAAUAACCCGGAAGCAACUGCGGAGGCGUUUACAGCUGACGGUUGGUACAAAACCGGAGACCUGCUGUACAGAGAUGAAGAAGGUUACUACUUCUACUUGGAUCGUAUAUCCAGUACCUUCAAAGUACGAGGUUACUUUAUAAUGCCCAUGGAAGUUGAGAAUGUGAUUCAAACGCACCCUGACGUGGUGGAGGCGUGCGUGGUCGGCGUGCCGAACGCCGAGGACGGCAAUCGCGUCGUCGUCGCCGUCGUGCAGCGCCGAGUCGGCGCCGACGUCACCGAGCAACAAAUCAAGGACCUCGUAGCCAGUAAACUCUCAGACAGCAAACAUCUUCAUGGUGGAGUAAUUUUCGUAGAUAAUUUCCCGAGAACUGUCACCGGCAAAUUGAAGAGAUAUAAAAUUCUAGAUAUGGUCUUAAAUGGGCAGAACAUCCCGGAUUUGGAGAUUCCCAGUGUCGGCAACACGAAGAAAUUGAUAAGUACCUUUCAACAAGGAUAAAACUCAAUAAAAAAAAAUAUAUAUUCGCAAGCAACAAUAGUCUGUCUAAUAUACCUACAUACCUUACAGACAAACAUACAUAUAAAUUUCAUAAACUUAAAACUAAACACUAUUUUGGCAACAGAACGGCGCGGCUUCGUUGAAUCGUCUGCUCUUGUUUCGGAUUCGGCAGUUAUACAGUGUGUAAAUCCAAUACGGGCGAAUAAGGUAUACCCGGAUAAGACCGGACUAUUUUUCGGCGAGUUGGAAGGACGUCAUAAGAAAAAAUAUUACGUAAUUCUCACUAACUUUUGGGUGUGUAAUGCUUAAUAUGAACCGUUUUUUGCUAAAACUUCGAAAUAACCAUAUAUUUCAAAUUAUUAAAUACUCCAAAUGUAGGACUCACUUGUGUUUUUAGGUAACAACUUCGUAUUAUUAGAUUGCCCAAUUAGAAAUGAUAUAAUUAACAAAGAACGAAAACAUACCGGUUUCGUUCCCAUACAAAAAAUACCGGUAUCCGAGCCCUGGUCUGUCCACGAAAAAAAGUGGUCAUGCAUAAUAGUGUAAAUCUUUUAUAUAAAUGUGAUUUUUCAAGGAGGACGUUUUGUAGUCUGGUCAUAUUUUUGAAAAAGUAAAUUUUGACUGGCAAAUCAUGUUACUUUUUGGCAACCGGGUUUUUUAACCUAAUUUAACCCCGCUGAAUCCGAAUUUGCCGGUUGCUCGAUCGAAAUCUUGACCGGAAGUAAGAUAUUCAUGAUGGCGGCCAUUAUUACCGACCUUAAUGAGUUCCUUGUAUGAAGACCCAUAUUUUUUAAUAUAUUUUUUUAUAAUAUUUAUUGCAGAAAAUAGCAGUAAU